UGGUUGUGUUCCCCCUAUAGAUAGGGAAAGUGGGGGAGGAGACCUAGGUCCUCCUUGUGCCUCCAUUGUCCCAUCCCCUGAAAUGUCCCCACUCAGUCCCGAACAAGUGUUCACUGCUGAUGGUCAUCUUUCCAUCUUCCCAAUGCCGGGCUCCAGACGUGCCACUUUCCUUCAGAGCCUAUGGCUUAUUCCUCGUGGUCAUACUGAUAAUAACUCCUUAACUCAGCGCCUACUCCUUUUAUUCAACAAAUAUUUACUAUCUUACGGCGUCUUACCUGCCUGGUCUCCGGGAAUACCAUGAGUGACCCAAACAAAGAUCCCUGUCUACAUGGUGGGUGAUGACGAUUAAAUAAAAUGAUAGGAAGAGGCCAUAAGGUGCAUUAAUUAAGUGCUGUGACAGGUAGCCAGAGGGACCACGAAGUGGCUUUAUUUGGAGAAAAAGACCUACACAGGAGAAAUAGAGCUAAGGCCAUCCAAGCUUUCUCACGUUUAAAGAAUGACGAGGAAGGGUUAGAGAUGGGAAAAGGAGACAUCAUUAGGAAGAUUGAAGAGCAAGUGAGGAUCCCUUACUGGGCACCAUGGUUUGAAUUUGGCCCUUGGACCAGCUCCUGUAGGCUCUUAAUCCCCAGUCACGCAUUUAAUGGUUAAUGGUGUUAAGCUGCACAGAGGAACCUAAGUGUGUAGUAUUAGAGGUGGGGACCUUUGGUGAGUGAGGAUGAUGCUCCCAUAAUUGAAUCUUGGAGGCUUUAUAAGAACAGGAGUACACAUACCUUCCACCAUGUUGAGAGGGCAGUUUGGGGGCACAGUACUUGUGAGUUAAAUAUUUCUUUUAUAUAUAGCAGCAUUCCUCGGAUAUUUAGUUACAGUAACAGGAAAUUGACUAGUACACAAGGAUUUGAGCAGAGAAAUGACAGCCUGGUUUACGUUCUGUUACUCACUUUGCUAUACAUUGAAGAGGUGGGAGUUCACGCAGGCAGAUAGAUGGAUGAUGACAUGCUGGGCCAAACAGUGAGCAGAAGGGUCAGGCCCGGCUUACCUAGUGGGUUUGGUGGGAGGGCUCAGAUGGAGUUCCUGGGUGCUUUAAGGUAAAGAAAGCUGUGUAAGGGAGAUGAGGAAUCCGGUUGGAGUGGAGAUUUUGAGUUGUUUCCCUUUUCUUCUCUUCUGCCUCCUGCACCCCCGAAUGUCUACCCUGGAGCCUCAACCUGCGGGGAGGAGGGGUUCUCCAGAAUGGCUGAGGAGAAGAAACUGAAGCUUAGCAAUACCGUGCUGCCCUCGGAGUCCAUGAAAGUGGUGGCCGAAUCCAUGGGCAUCGCCCAGAUUCAGGAGGAGACCUGCCAGCUGCUGACAGACGAGGUCAGCUACCGCAUCAAGGAGAUCGCACAGGAUGCUCUGAAAUUCAUGCACAUGGGAAAGCGGCAGAAACUCACCACCAGUGACAUUGACUAUGCCCUGAAGCUGAAGAAUGUCGAGCCCCUCUAUGGCUUCCAUGCCCAGGAGUUCAUUCCUUUCCGUUUUGCCUCUGGUGGUGGACGGGAGCUUUACUUCUAUGAGGAGAAGGAGGUUGAUCUGAGUGACAUCAUCAACACCCCUCUACCCCGGGUGCCCCUGGACGUCUGCCUCAAAGCUCACUGGUUGAGCAUUGAAGGAUGCCAGCCAGCUAUACCAGAGAACCCACCCCCAGCUCCCAAAGAACAGCAGAAGGCCGAGGCCACGGAACCCCUCAAGUCUGCAAAACCUGGACAAGAGGAAGAUGGACCCCUGAAAAGCAAGGGGCAAGGGGCCACGCCAACUGACGGCAAAGGGAAAGAGAAGAAGGCACCUCCCUUGCUGGAGGGGACGCCUUUGCGCCUGAAGCCCCGCAGCACCCACGAGCUGUCUGUGGAGCAGCAGUUAUAUUACAAGGAGAUUACGGAAGCCUGUGUGGGCUCCUGCGAGGCCAAGAGAGCGGAGGCUCUACAGAGCAUUGCUACGGACCCAGGGCUCUACCAGAUGCUGCCACGAUUCAGCACCUUCAUCUCGGAGGGGGUCCGUGUGAACGUAGUUCAGAACAACCUGGCCCUGCUCAUCUACCUGAUGCGCAUGGUGAAGGCCCUGAUGGACAACCCUACGCUCUAUCUAGAAAAAUACGUGCAUGAGCUGAUUCCAGCCGUGAUGACCUGCAUCGUGAGCAGGCAGUUGUGCCUGCGGCCAGAUGUAGACAAUCACUGGGCACUCCGGGACUUUGCUGCACGCCUGGUGGCCCAGAUCUGCAAGCAUUUCAGCACAACAACCAACAACAUCCAGUCCCGGAUCACCAAGACCUUCACCAAGAGCUGGGUGGAUGAGAAGACUCCGUGGACAACUCGUUAUGGCUCCAUCGCAGGCCUGGCGGAGCUGGGACAUGAUGUGAUCAAGACUCUGAUUCUGCCACGGCUACAGCAGGAGGGGGAGCGGAUCCGCAGCGUCCUGGAUGGUCCCGUGCUGAGCAACAUUGACCGCAUUGGAGCUGACCACGUGCAGAGCCUCCUCCUGAAACACUGUGCCCCUGUCCUGGCCAAGCUGCGCCCACCACCUGAUAAUCAAGAUGCCUAUCGGGCAGAAUUUGGGAACCUUGGGCCCCUCCUCUGCUCACACGUGGUCAAGGCACGGGCCCAGGCUGCUCUGCAGGCCCAGCAGGUCAAUAGGACCACACUGACCAUCACACAGCCUCGGCCCACACUGACCCUCUCGCAGGCCCCACAGCCUGGCCCUCGGACCCCUGGCUUGCUGAAGGUGCCAGGCUCCAUCACGUUGCCUGUCCAGACAUUGGUGUCUGCGCGAGCUGCUGCCCCACCCCAGCCUUCCCCUCCUCCAACCAAGUUUAUUGUCAUGUCAUCCUCUAGCGCGUCAUCCACCCAACAGGUCCUCUCCCUCAGCACCUCAGCCCCUGGCUCAGGCUCCACCACUACCUCUCCUGUCACCACCACAGUCCCCAGUGUGCAGCCCAUCGUCAAGCUGGUCUCUACGGCCACCUCUGCACCCCCAAGCACUGCCCCUUCUGGUCCAGGCAGUGUCCAGAAAUACAUUGUGGUCUCACUUCCCCCCACAGGGGAGGGCAAGGGGGGUCCUGCCUCCCAUCCCUCUCCAGUUCCUCCCCCAUCCUCUUCCCCCUCCCCCUUGGGGGGCAGUGCCCUCUGUGGGGGAAAACCAGAAGCAGGAGACAGUCCCCCUCCAGCCCCAGGAACUCCAAAGGCUAAUGGCUCCCAGCCCUCUGGAUCAGGCUCCCCUCAGCCUGCUCAAUGACGCCCCCAGUGUGCCGCCCUCCUCUUCCAUGGAGCCCUUCACACAUGUGGGGUGGAAGGAUGGAGGAGGCUCCUGCCCCAAUGUGACUUUCUUUUUAGACAUUGUACAGCCGUUUGCUCAGAAUAAAAGUUUGAUUUGUAAG